AUGAGUCACCCCAGGCCAACGUCUCCUCAUUCUCCCCAUUCACCUCACUCGCCCCAGGCCAGUGAGACCAGCCUGUUCUCCCAGAAUGCACCUCGCGACCCUGCGUAUGGUUAUGAGGAAAAGAAUGAGCAUGCCGAAAGCCAACAGUCCCUGCUCUACCGCAACCAACCCAGCCCGUUCAACGCCCCCUUCGAUGACCCCUAUGCCUCGACGGAUUCUCUGCGCCGCUACACCCUGCACGACCCGGGCGUGACCAUUUUCCCCGAUGGACCUUACCAGGAAUCCGCUGGCGGACUCAACCGUCGGUCGGGGGUCGCAUCGCCCAUGUCGGAGACUCCGUCCGAGGCCUGGCAGCAACGCCAGGCGCCGGGCUCUGGCUUGCGCCGCUAUGCCACCCGAAAGAUCAAGCUGGUGCAGGGCUCGGUUCUGAGUGUGGACUACCCGGUGCCCAGUGCGAUCCAGAACGCGAUCCAGAAGGAAUACCGCGAGUCCGAAGAAGGAUUCCCGGAAGAAUUUACCCACCUGCGCUACACGGCGGCCACCUGUGACCCGGACGAAUUCACCCUCCGAAACGGCUAUAAUUUGCGACCUGCCAUGUACAACCGACACACCGAAUUGCUGAUCGCCAUCACCUAUUACAACGAAGACAAGGUGCUGACCGCACGAACACUUCAUGGGGUCAUGCAGAAUAUCCGGGAUAUUGUCAAUUUGAAGAAGUCGGAGUUCUGGAACAAGGGUGGACCGGCCUGGCAGAAGAUCGUGUGUUGCUUGGUUUUCGAUGGAAUCGAUCCAUGUGACAAAAACACCCUGGAUAUGCUGGCCACGAUCGGUAUCUAUCAGGACGGAAUCAUGAAACGGUCCGUCGAUGGCCGAGAAACCGUCUCUCACAUUUUCGAAUACACCACUCAGCUCUCUGUCACCUCCAACCAGCAGUUGAUCCGCCCCCAGGGCAACGAAUCCACCAACCUCCCACCUGUCCAGAUGAUGUUCUGUCUCAAGCAAAAGAACAGUAAGAAAAUCAACUCGCACCGUUGGCUAUUUAAUGGCUUCAGCCGAAUUCUGAAUCCAGAGGUGGUCAUCUUGAUUGACGCCGGAACCAAGCCGGGCAAGAAAUCCCUUUUGGCCCUGUGGGAGUCUUUCUACAACGAUAAGAACCUGGGCGGGUCCUGUGGUGAAAUCCAUGCUAUGCUGGGCCAAGGAUGGAAGAACCUUGUGAAUCCUCUGGUCGCCGCGCAAAACUUCGAGUACAAGAUCUCUAAUAUUCUCGACAAACCCCUGGAGAGUGCUUUCGGGUAUGUCAGUGUGUUACCUGGUGCUUUCUCGGCGUACCGUUACCGCGCUAUCAUGGGUCGGCCUCUGGAGCAGUACUUCCACGGUGAUCACACCCUCUCGAAACAGCUGGGUAAGAAGGGUAUUGAGGGCAUGAAUAUCUUCAAGAAGAACAUGUUCCUUGCUGAAGACCGUAUUCUGUGCUUCGAGCUGGUGGCCAAAGCCGGGUUCAAGUGGCAUCUUACCUACGUCAAGGCAUCCAAGGGUGAGACUGAUGUGCCGGAGGGUUCGGCGGAAUACAUCAGUCAGCGUCGUCGGUGGCUCAACGGUUCGUUCGCUGCCAGUUUGUAUGCGAUCAUGCACUUUGGUCGGAUCUACAAGAGCGGUCAUAACCUCAUUCGGCUCUUCUUCCUUCAUGUGCAAAUGAUCUACAACUGUGCUGGUCUUAUCAUGACUUGGUUUUCUCUUGCAUCGUACUGGCUGACUACUUCGGUCAUCAUGGAUCUGGUGGGUACUGCGAGUACUGCAAACAAGAAUCAUGCUUGGCCCUUUGGCAACGAUGUCACGCCUAUCUUGAACAACUUCUUGAAAUAUGGUUACGUCUUCUUCCUGAUGCUGCAAUUUAUUCUGGCAUUGGGAAAUCGGCCCAAAGGUUCACGCGUCGCGUAUACACUCUCAUUCGCAUAUUUCAGUAUUGUUCAAUGCUAUAUCCUGGUCUUGUCUUUCUACCUGGUCAAGAAUGCUUUUACCGGAGGCACCAUGGAUUUCAACUUCCAUGACGGCAUUGGUGGUUUCCUGAAAUCCUUCUUCAAGUCCUCCGGCGGUGGUAUCGUCCUGAUUGCCUUGGUCUCGACCUACGGGGUGUAUUUCAUUGCCAGUUUCUUGUACAUGGAUCCCUGGCAUAUGUUUACCUCCUCCUGGGCCUACUUUGGCGGUAUGACUUGCUCGAUUAACAUCUUGAUGGUUUACGCUUUUUGCAACUGGCACGAUGUCUCCUGGGGUACGAAAGGAUCCGACAAGGGUGACUCGUUGCCUGUCGCAGAGACCAAGAAGGAUGAUGCCAAGUCGAACUUCAUCGAAGAAGUGGACAAACCGCAGGCUGAUAUUGACAGCCAGUUCGAGGCGACGGUGAAACGGGCGCUGGCGCCAUUUGUGGAACCGGAGGAGAAGGACGAACGGAGCCUGGAUGACUCGUACAAGGCCUUCCGUACCAACCUCGUGUUGCUGUGGAUCUUCAGUAAUCUGGUCCUCUCGCUGUGUAUCACCAGCACGAACGUUCGGCAGUUCUGUCUCACGAACACGUCGACGCCGCGUACGUCUGGCUACUUCGCUGCCAUCCUAUGGACCACAGCUGGUUUGUCGAUGUUCCGCUUCUUCGGGUCUCUCUGGUUCCUGGGCAAGUCCGGCAUCCUGUGCUGUGUCUCCCGGCGGUAG